AUGGCCGUUGCGCAAAGGCUCCCCGUCAGUAUGUCGUGCGAGGCCGGCGCGCCGCGCUGGACGCCGAGCGCGGUGUUUCUCCUGCUGGGCUUCCUGCUGGGGGUGGCGUCGGCGUACCCCCUACCGAGCCGCAGGACGAACGCGACGCUGCUGGAGAGGCGAUGGGAGACCCUCUUCUCCCGCUCCGUGCUGGGGGUCUCCGGGGAGAAACCGGAGCCGAACUGGGAGAGCGACUAUCUGCUGGGCAUCAAAAGAGUGCGGAGGCUCUACUGCAACGUGGGCAUCGGGUUCCACCUUCAAAUCCUCCCCGACGGCAGAAUAAACGGUGUACAUAAUGAAAACCAGUACAGUCUGGUGGAGAUCUCCACGGUGGAGAGGGGGGUGGUGAGCCUGUUCGGGGUGAGGAGUGAGCUGUUCGUCGCAAUGAACAGCCGCGGGAGGUUAUACGGAACGACAGUCUUCCAUGAUGAGUGCAAGUUCAAGGAGAGUUUGCUCCCGAACAACUACAACGCCUAUGAGUCUCUGGUUUACAGAGGGUCCUACAUAGCACUGAGCAAGCAUGGCCGUGUGAAGAAGGGCAACAGAGCCACUACUGCCAUGACUGUAACGCACUUCUUACCACGAAUAUGAUGAGGGGGUGGGGUAAAAAAAACUGGCAAUAACAAAUUUAUUUGCACAUGUGGAUUACAUCCCAGGUAACACAAAUACCACAUACGUACGUACAAACACAAAAGACAACAUGGACUGCAAAAGAAAGAAACACAGUUAUAUCUGAAGAUAUUUAUUCAAACUUUAUAUGUAUAU